AUGCUGGCUCGAGCGUUUACCACGCGUCUUUGCGCCGGACACUAUCCCCUUCGUCAGAGUUGUACCCUGCCAUACAUCCGACAGACAGCUGGUCUAUCUGUUCGACACCGAUACUUCACUAAACAUGCCUUCCAAAGGCAGCGGCAGGAGCAUCAGAUUUCGAACAAACAGGUCAAGAUUCCAGAUGAUGCACCUGUCAAGGCUGAGGCAUCUCAGCUGUUCAAACCGGAAUCAGCAGAGAAGCCACAGCCAGCUGUCUCUAAUGCACUAUCAGCUACGAACCUGGAUUCCACCAAGGACUUGUCGAAGAAGGAACAACGAGCAGUAGACUUCGCAAUAAUGAAGGAAAUGGUUCGUUACCUUUGGCCUAAAGGAGAUUUUGGUACAAAGCUCCGCGUUGGUACAGCUCUAGCAUUCCUAGUAGGAGCCAAAGUCCUCAAUGUGCAGGUACCUUUUUAUUUCAAAAGCAUCGUCGACUCCAUGAACAUCGACUUCAUGGCUGUCGGCGGUACUGCUUGGACUGUUGCUGGGUCGAUGAUAGUCGCAUAUGGUAUUACCAGGAUUAGCGCCACGAUCUUUACCGAGCUUCGCAAUGCUGUGUUUGCCAGUGUGGCACAAAAAGCCAUUCGGAACGUGGCUCGUAAUGUUUUCGCACAUCUACUAAGGCUCGACCUCAACUUUCACCUGUCUCGCCAAACAGGAGGUCUUACCAGAGCUCUGGACAGAGGUACUAAGGGUAUCAGUUUUCUCCUGACCUCAAUGCUCUUCCACAUAUUUCCCACUCUGCUCGAAAUAUCUCUGGUAUGUGGUAUCCUGACCUGGAAUUAUGGCGCAUCUUUCGCUGCAGUGACGGCUGCCACCAUGGCUGCAUAUAGUGCAUUUACAAUUACAACCACAAGCUGGCGAACCAAGUUUAGACGGCAAGCCAAUGCCGCAGACAAUCAAGGAGCAACCGUCGCUGUAGAUACGUUGAUUAACUACGAAGCUGUUAAGUACUUCAACAACGAAAAAUACGAGGUCAACAGAUAUGACCAGGCUUUGAAGAAGUACGAGGAUGCCUCGAUCAAGGUUACAACAUCUUUGGCAUUGUUGAAUAGUGGACAAAACAUCAUCUUUUCCAGCGCUUUAGCUGCGAUGAUGUACAUGGCAGCUAAUGGCGUUGCUCAGGGCUCGUUGACGGUAGGCGAUCUCGUUAUGGUCAAUCAACUUGUCUUCCAGUUAUCCGUGCCUCUGAACUUCCUUGGUUCGGUAUACCGUGAGCUCAGACAAUCUUUGCUUGACAUGGAGACGCUCUUCAGUUUGCAAAAAGUCAAUGUCACUGUGAAAGAGGUUGCUAAUCCGCGACCCCUUUCACUCACCCGGGGUGGCGAGAUUAGAUUCGAAAAUGUGCAUUUUGGCUACAAUCCUAAUCGUCCUAUAUUAAAAGACUUAAGCAUGACCAUACCAGCUGGAAAGAAGGUCGCCAUUGUUGGACCGAGUGGAUGCGGCAAGUCCACCAUUCUAAGACUGCUUUUCCGUUCUUACGAUGUACAAAGUGGGAGAAUAUUCAUUGACGGUCAGGAUAUUAAGGAAGUCAGUCUUGAAAGUCUUAGACAAAGUAUCGGUGUGGUCCCACAAGAUACGCCACUGUUCAACGCCACAAUCGAGCAUAAUAUACGCUAUGGCCGUAUAGAUGCAAGCUCCGAGGAUGUAAAGAAAGCUGCACAAAGAGCUCGGAUACACGAUCACAUCGAAAGACUACCUGAAGGUUACAACACCAAAGUGGGGGAAAGAGGCAUGAUGAUAUCUGGAGGGGAGAAACAACGAUUAGCAGUCUCUCGCCUACUCCUUAAGGAUCCACCACUUCUCUUCUUCGACGAAGCCACAAGUGCCCUCGAUACGUAUACUGAACAGACUGUGAUGCAGAACAUUAACAGCAUACUCAGAGAGAAGGGCCGUACAAGUCUUUUCGUGGCUCAUCGUUUGCGAACUAUCUUUGAUAGUGAUAUCAUUUUUGUGCUCAGAGAUGGUGUCGUGGCCGAGCAAGGCACACACUCUGAGCUCCUGGAGAAAAAAGGCCUGUAUGCGGAGCUUUGGUCUGCUCAGGAAGUUACACUUGGCCAAGACUUUGAGUUGGAGCGAAGCAUCACGGAUGAACGCACGAGCACGGCAGAUGCCAAUCAAAACCGGCAAAGCACUUCGUAG